AUGGCUUUUACACAACUUUGCGGAGUUCAGGGUGCCGAAGUACCAUCUUCAAUUAAAACCUUUCUCACAAAAGCUCAACAUGAUAUCACUUUAACUGCAGCUGAUACCAGAAUAUUUAUAAAAAACAUAAAAACAUGUGUUACGAUAGAUCAAUUUAAAAACGCUUUAGAGGAAUAUGGCGCUGUACAAGUUUAUUUUUAUGAACCCGGAUUUAAUAACGAUGGAUGGGCUUGGGUUGGAUUUGAAAGUAAAGAAGCAGCAGAAAGAGUAGUUGAAGAAUCGGAAAAAGCUAAAGAACUAGAAGAAGAAAAUAAAAAAAAUAAUGAGAAUAAUGAAAAUGAUGAAAACAAUGAAAAUAAUGAAGACAAUUCAAACGCACCACCAAAUGAAGACAAUGAGCAAGACUCAAAUAGCUUUUAUGCUGAGCAUGAAGAAGAAAACGUACAAAACGAAGACGAAGAUGAAGACGAGGAUGAAGAUGAUGAUUAUUAA